AUGUCUACCUUUGACGGGAUCGUCCAAGCGGAGUCUUGGUGGGUCAAUAGCCUUAUCCGACAUCCAAUUCUCAUACCCUACACUUUAGGUGGAAAGCCAUUGGAUAAGAUCUAUCUCGACAGUACAUUUGCCCGCCAUUCGUCUAUAUACCGUACAUUCCCAUCCAAGGCAAAAGGAUUGGCAGAACUUCUGCAGAAAGUCGCAUCCUAUCCAGAGGACACUAUCUUCUACUUCCGAGCAUGGACUUUCGGAUAUGAGGAGGUCUGGAUGGCACUGUCUGCUGCUCUCAAUUCAAAGGUCCAUGUGGAUCGGUACCAAAUAGGUCUGUAUAGGUCGCUCAUCCCCACUCAACAGGGGACCGGCGAAGCAUCUGCCCUUUGUGGCUUUGAGCUCGGGAAUAGAUUUGUUCCUGGCUGUUUGAGUGAAGACGGAGGGUGUCGCAUCCAUAGCUGUGAGCCAGGCGUACAAUGCUCGGCCAUUUCUUCGAAGAACCCGGUUUAUAUAAUCCCGAUUGUUAGUCGAACGAAUGAUGGCUCAGAAAUACCCGAAGUUGGGGCUGGAGGCGGAGGUGGUGACCUGUAUCAGAUUCAUGAGCUCGAGAUCCCGAACGAGCUGGCACUAGAGCAGCUAGAGAAACUCUGUCUCGAAAGCAUCCACGAUCCUCAAACACUCUCGGAGACGCGAGAGGCGCUCAUCGAGGCAUACAGGUCCAGAAGGAAAGCACUCCAGCUUCAUAGCUAUGGGAUAAAAGAUGAUCAUGAUAUACCCUUAGAAAACCUAGCUAACAUCAUCAGCCGGGGCCGUUUCCACGACAAAAGUUGGUCGGAUAACAACCAGGGAUCAACAGGACAACAUGAUAGGUUAGGAAAACGGCUCCCAGCAGUUAUUCGCUUUCCAUAUUCGCGCCACUCAUCCUACGCAGAAUUAUGCGAGCUGGUCUCCGCAUUCAAACCAAAAGACAUAUGUCCUUGUACAGUUGACCCUCUAACAUGGGAUGAGGACGUCUCCAUGCAAAGUCUCUUCGGCCAUCUGUGCUCAGGAGCGGAAUUCACUCACGACCAUCACAUGCGAGAUAUGCUGGAAAAUGACGAAGGCCUUCGCUCAAGGAAACGAGCUCGCUACGAAGAACCCGCGUCACAAUCAAGUAAUCCCGACAGCAUACCCAGAGCCACAAUGGAUUUCACUACUGGAGACCCCGACGACGAUACAAGCUCAGAUGGAAGAGCGCCAGAUCACACCAAUUCACAACCAGACACAACUAGCGCACAGCCGCAACUAGGACUCUUCAAACCCCACCCUGUAAAAUCAAGUAUAUUCUCAUCAUCACAUUCAUCUUCAGGCCGCAUCCUUAUGCCAUCAUCCCUAGAGACUAUCCAAGACAACAACCAAGCAGUAGACUCACGGCUCCCCACCGAAGAAUCAACCCGAGCAGCAGAAAAAGCCAGACGAAACGAGACCCGCCAAGCAUGGCACUUCCUGAAUAACGCUCGCUGUGACCAAACUCCAUUCCACCUUGGUUCUCUCCCCUCUUCAUGGUCUACCGAAGAAGACAAGGACCCCGAGUAUCAGAGGAAGAUCAUUGCAGAAGAAGAGACAUCGCACCACAUCGUUGAGCAAUCUAACGAUGGCCCCGACAUCAACGUCAACGUUGAUAUCACAGACCACAACAUCGAAGAUCCAGAUCCAGAGCUAGAAAGCCAAUUCAGCCACUCACUCUCCCUCUCCCCCUCCGCCUUUGCAUCCCAAGAACAGCCGUUGGAGCCAGCCAGUGAUAUGUGUUUCGAUGGUGCAUUCGAUGAGUAUAUCGAAGCUCGAGAACAAGUAGAGGUUCAGACGGCGGCGUCUUUAUCAACAGAUGCCCAGAUGGCCAAUACCAUAAAGAGACGCAGCAGCUCGUCUCGAGUACGGAGAGCCGCGUAUCUAGCUGCUAAAGCGGAUAGCUACGAGGCCUGGGCCUCUAUGGGACUUGUUUCGGCGGGUAAUAAUCACACAGAAGAGGAGAUCGAGCUAUGAUUCCGAACUCGUUGAGUUUACAACGAUAUGAGGAUUCUUGUCCUGUAUCCUGAAAUACACAAAUAAUCAUAAGAAACACCAA